CUCACUUGUCUCAGGAAGAAGAGAAGGCUCCCAUGGAUCUGGUGGUGGUGCUGGGGCUCUUCCUCUCCUGUUUGCUUCUCCUUUCACUCUGGAAACAGAGCCAUGGGGGAGGGAAGCUUCCUCCUGGCCCCACUCCUUUGCCAAUUCUUGGAAAUAUUCUGCAGAUAGGUAUUAAAGACAUCAGUAAAUCCUUUACCAAACUGUCAGAAGUCCAUGGCCCCGUGUUCACUGUGUAUUUGGGCAUGAAGCCCACCGUGGUGAUAUAUGGAUACAAAGCAGUAAAGGAAGCCUUGGUUGAUCUGGGAGAGGAGUUUUCUGGAAGAAUCGUUUUCCCACUGACUGCAAAAGUUAAUAAAGGAUAUGGAAUCAUUUUCAGUAAUGGAAAGAGAUGGAAAGAGAUCCGGCGCUUCUCGCUCAUGACCCUGCGGAAUUUCGGGAUGGGGAAGAGGAGCAUUGAGGACCGAGUUCAAGAGGAGGCCCGCUGCCUGGUGGAGGAGCUGAGAAAAACCAACGGCUCUCCCUGUGAUCCCACCUUUCUCCUGGGUGCUGCUCCCUGCAACGUGAUCUGCUCUGUGAUUUUCCAGAACCGUUUUGAUUAUACAGACCAGAAUUUUCUUAACUUGAUGGGAAAGUUCAAUGAAAACUUCAAGAUUCUGAAUUCCCCCUGGGUACAGAUAUGCAAUACUUUCCCUAUUCUUAUUGAUUAUCUCCCGGGAAGUCAUAACAAAAUGCUUAGAAAUAAUAUUUAUAUAAGAAACUAUAUUUUGGAGAAAAUGAAAGAACACCAAGAAUCCCUGGACAUUAACAAUCCUCGAGACUUCACUGAUUGUUUCCUGAUCAAAAUGGAACAGGAAAAGCACAACCAACAGUCUGAAUUUACCAUUGAAAACCUGGUGACCACAGUGACUGAUGUGUUUGCAGCUGGAACAGAGUCAACAAGCACCACCCUGAGGUAUGGACUCCUGCUCCUGAUGAAGCACCCAGAGGUCACAGCUAAAGUGCAGGAAGAGAUUGAGCGUGUGAUUGGCAGACACCGGAUCCCUUGCAUGCAGGACAGGAGCCACAUGCCCUACACGGAUGCCACGGUGCACGAGAUCCAGAGAUACAUUAACCUUGUCCCCAACAACGUGCCCCGUGCAACAACUUGUAACGUUAAAUUCAGGAGCUACCUCAUUCCCAAGGGCACGGCCAUAUUAACAUCACUGACUUCUAUGCUGCAUGACGACAAAGAGUUCCCCAACCCAGACAGGUUUGACCCUGGCCACUUCCUGGACACCAGGGGCAACUUUAGGAAGAGUGACUACUUCAUGCCUUUCUCAACAGGAAAGCGAGUGUGUGUGGGAGAGGCCUUGGCCCGCAUGGAGCUGUUUUUAUUCCUGACUGCCAUUUUACAGAACUUUACCCCGAAGCCUCUGGUUGACCCAAAGGACAUUGACACCACCCCACUCUUCAGUGGGCUAGGUCGUGCGCCACCCUUGUACCAGCUCAGCUUCAUUCCUGCCUGAAGAAGGGCAGGCAUGUGGCUGCUGCUGAGCUGUCAUCUGCAGCUCCUCUCUUCCAGGCACCAUCUGAUUGCUUCCCCUAUCAUGGGUCCUUCUCUGACAUAUCCUCUGACGUUUCUUCAUUUCUCAUUAUCCAACCUCCAUUUGGGAGAAUUUUGGGGGGUCUGUUCACAAAUAUGUGUCUACUAUUCCUUAUAUUCUGUGACUCUUGGAAUGACCACCACAUCGGCUAAUUCCUAUCUAAUGCUGAGUUUUUUAUAUGUUAUUGCAGUAAAAUUGAGCAAGAUGAUUGGUAUUUGGCAAUUCAGAGUCAUUUCUUCUCUUUCUGUUCUAAACAGAAGCAUUAUUAAUUGUUGACUCAGUUCUCAGAUUUUUCUUUGUUUGUACUUAAUGUGAAUAACAAAUGAAAAAAAAAAUCAAAUUCCAAGAGUUCUUGCUGGCCCUUAGAAUGAUAGGCACAAAGAUGCCAAAAGUCUAAGAGGGGAGAGAGCUCUCUUGGCUGCCACCUAGAGGUGCUGGAGUUUGGAUGUGAAAGACAGAAGCUGUGUUCAGAACAGAUACAAGUUGUCAGGGGAAAUAUUGUGAGGAUCAGCCAUAAGGAAGUUUAAAUACUACAAUUCAUGACCUUCUCCAGUGUUACUGUAAUCACUAAAUAAAAUUUUUGGAAUAUUA